AUGUUCAGAUACAAUUUAAUCCAACGAAGCCAAAAUCAAGAUUUCUUGUUGAGGAGAUCGGAAAUAUUGUCAGACUGCGUCAUUGAUCUUCCUAAGGAAAUAACCACCAUAAUCUUUUCAAAAAUGGAAGAUGACCCCAAAACCCUCACUCGCUGCUACGCUGUCAGCAAGAACUGGGCUUCCGUUGUCUCCCAAACUGUCAAUCUCUCCUUCAGGAUGUCGUGUACAGGUGAUAAGGGUCAUUCUAUCCCGUGCUCAGAGCUUCACUACCAUGUUCCAGUGUCUGCCAUCCCUGGUAUGAUGAGGCUGUUCGCAAAUCUGGAAUCUGUGGAAAUUAAGCUCUGCCAUUGCCCUUCUCGAACUCCAUAUCCAGCUUGUAAUCAACAUGUUACCAAGGUGAAGGCCGAGUGGGCAGUAGAUCAUGCUUCUCAGACUUACACAUGCACAGCAAAUGAGGUUGGAUUGUUAUCAACUGUCAAAGGACCAAUGGUGGCUCUUGAAUUGGACGAAGAAAAUUUUGAUACCGUCGAAAAUUCUCCAGCUAUGGAAUUAUAUUGGAGAAUGUUGUGUUGCCGGCCGGACACAUUGAGAAGCUUGUCGAUUGUGAGUGCUAAGACAGUAGACUUUAAUUCAGAAGGGAAGAUUUUUAUUAGUUAUGACCAGCUCUCAAAUUUUCCUGAUUCGAUUUUGGAGUUAAGAGUGAACAAGAGCUGGCUUGAGGAUCCAAAGAAUGUGGUUUAUUGGCACAAGGACCAGAGGAACAAGGAGCAUUCGCUUCGAGAGAAGGUGUGGCUUUUUUAUCAAUGGCAUUCUCUAAUAUCUGAAAAACAAAAGAACGUGAAUGAUCUGACGGAAAAGAAGGAGGAUUUGAUGAAGUUGUUGGAUGAAUUGGAUGACGGCGAUGAUAAGGGUACUAAGAAACCCGGAUCUCAGAACUAA